AGUCACCCGAGCGCUGGAAGUACUUACUUGUUUUGGGUCGAGAAAGAUAAUGUGACUCCUCAAUCAUCUGGAAGCAGUGAGGUGUGCAGUAACGGGGAAAAAUGUCGAAAGUUUUGGAGCAAGUUCUGUGAUCCACGGUGUAGCCCCACCCGUCAGGCUCCGAUCAAAGACAAACAAAAGGCUUCUCCUUUUCUGGAAACUAAGAUCUUCAAACCGAGACAAUGUUUCGGCUCGCUGCUCUCUCUCUCACCGUCUUCGCUCCGGCGGCCUACACCCAGCCUCCGCCAAAGCCAGGGGGCAAUGCGCGCGGCGCCAGUUCUCAGAAUGCGCACGUAACCAUGUGGGGCGACUACGUGAAUUGCACUGCGCCACCGACGGGCUUCUGCGCCGACUAUACCAUAAGCGAUGCGCAGGUCCUCGCUUCGCUUUCCGGUUUCACAACCCACAAUUCCGGCGUUUUGAUCAACAGUACGACGAAUUACUACGGCUCCUGGUGGAGCAGCAAUGUCGGCACCAAUCAGGCGGUCGCGGCAACAUUUUGUACAAGUGGCGCCGGCGCGAGCCAAACGGCAGAAGCAAAGACUUAUAGCGGCAUCACGUUCACAACCGGGACGAGUGACUACACGCUCGGUGCGCAGGGGAUUUCCGCGAAAGAUAUGGAAGACUACUGCUCCGCCGCGGGAUUGCACAAUACCCCUCCGAUGAUUGGCACGACGUUUGGAGGGACGACUUACACCCAAGCAUUCUCCAAGGAGCCGUCGACGAAGUCACGGGAGAUCAUCACAAACAUGGUCGGUUGGGCGGUGGACGGCGUCGUGAUUUUCAGUCCGUACACAGGCGUCGGAACGCUCGCGCCGUACGAUGAGACGUUGGACACGUGCGGCGGGCACCCCGCCAACAAUCGGUACCACUACCACGGCUUUUCGCCCUGUCUACACGGCGAGUCUGGGACGUUGACCGGCAGUGCGAUCCCGCACUCCCAGAUUUACGGAUGGGCGUUCGACGGAUUCCCGAUCUACGGGCCGUAUGGCUAUACCGACGGAAAGGACGCUUCAUCCACCGUCGUGCGGGUUGAUAGCGGGUAUAGGUGUACAGUCAGUGGCACAGCCUGCACCACGGAUGCACAGCGCGCGGUGGCGAGCAACUGGGCCUUUGACGCUACUACGGACACAAAUACCGGGAAAGUGGACGAGUGCGGCGGGCGGUGGACGAAGACGCCGGAGUUUCCUACCGGGAUGUACGUGUACGUCCUGAACGUUGACACCAACGGCAAGCCCGGCUUUCCUGGUGUGCCCUACUGCAAACACACAAAGGCGACUGGGGUCAUGCAGUCUGCGGCUGGUGCUAUGUCGUCAGACGCAUUCGCGACGAAAGAGUUGGCAUCAAGUCUGUUGCUCAGCUUCUCCUUCAGCAUAGUCAUGGUUUUGCAGGCACUGUAGUCAACAUGUUGGCGAACAGUGAGAAAGAGAGUCACCGCGGAAGAGAAAAAAGCAUAUAGAAUUAUGAAGAGUGACAUAACUUUCAUGACUUACCACGUACAGAUCCAGCCACAGCAUAUUAUGAAUAUAGACACUUUAAACUUGAACUUUAACUUUCUUCGACAGCCUUCUUAUUCGACGUGAUCUCGUUAGUUUCUAUGAUAGACAGUAGGUUCUUGUUUGGCUUCGAAGAGACGAAAGUACAGCGUUGUAUUCUACGGCAAUGUUAUUGGUAGUUCGAAAGAAUCUGACUCUGGCACUUGCUCAAGCCUAUACUGGGUCCAUCCACUCAUAGAUUUUUCGUAUUCAGAACUCGACUACGCUUCAAAAUGAGAAUCUUCCAAAGUCUGAGUGUCAAUUUGAUAUUUGCGAUAGUAGCUACAUCACCUUGAUACUAUUCUAGUAGAAGAUGAGGAAGCGAAUGAUCUGAAUACACCCUGUUAUUUCUAGAGUUUGAGCGUUUCGGAAUUUGACGCACCAGAUACGUAAUGUUCUUGUUACUACCGGAAAUCAGAAUAGCAGCCCACUUUCGAACAGUGAACAAUAAAGCACGUUGAG